CCACACAUAGUUGCGCUGCGAUAGAUUGAUCUACUCGUCUGAAUUACUCUUCCCUGGUCCACUCCUUGGGUCGCCCAUGCAUUCUCGCAUUGCGCCACGUUCCUCUGGUGGCCUAUGGCGCGCCCUCGACGUAAACGCCUUGCUCUAUCAAAGCGCAGUAAGCUAACCUCCAAUUCGAGGUCUUUACCCCAUCACGACUCGGAAGAAGACAGCGAGCUCUCCAGCACCGAUAGUAGCUCAGUCCAUGGAGGAACGGAGAUCACAGGCUUAUCCGAGACUGACCCCGAUUCCGGGAAUGACAGUGGUGAAAAUGACAAUGAAGAGGAUGAAGGCGACGGAGCGGAUAUAACUGAUGGUUUGAAUGGAUCUCGGACAAUGGCCAGUGCAAACAACGACGAGGAUUACGACCAAGAUGAAGAAGCAGAAGUGAGACCGCCUGCAUCGACCGCCAUCAUGGUGCCGGAUGAGGAGUGGUACAAGAACAACCCCAAGAGGACACCAGGGAACUACCACUACCCGAAAGAGAUGAUUCUUCAUGGCCUACAGAUCACCGAACAGCAACUACACAAGUUUCAUAUAAAGGCGGCGAGUAUAUUGAAGGAAGAUCCCAAUGCACAAGCCAAUUAUGUUACCGCCGAAGAGACUAUUAUGAGACGGCUUCCAAGGUCAUUCAGAAAAGUGGCGUAUCAGAAUCAAUGGGCGCAUAGCGCGAUUCAGAAGUGGCUUCGGCACACAGUCAAGAGAAUUUUAAAUCCAAGGUUUUUUCGACCGAUGGGAUCAAAGACAAAGAACGGCUCUGGCACCAAGGCCGUCGCGAAUUCGAGGAAGAGACGGCGCACGCAAAGCCCAGCCUUGUCAGAGCAGAUACCAGGAACACGCCGAAGUCGUGGCGCUCGCCCGCAAACAUCGCCUGGCAAUCACCAAACCAGGAAUCGAGAACGGCAUUCGAGAGCCCACACCGAACAGCCACAAGUCGCCCCGCCAGUGAAUUCGAGCCGAGUCGCGCGUCAGAAUAGCUGAUGAUGAACAGAACAGCGCACGUGACAGCAACGACUCCGAGGGGGAGGA